AUCUCCACCCAACCAGCAGAAAACCGGUCUCUGAGGUUCCACCAAAAUAUGGAACUUGAUUUUGGACAUUUUGACGAAAGAGAUAAGACAUCCAGGAACAUGCGAGGCUCACGGAUGAAUGGGCUCCCUAGCCCCACUCACAGCGCCCAUUGUAGCUUCUACCGAACCAGAACCUUGCAGGCACUGAGCAACGAGAAGAAAGCCAAGAAGGUACGUUUCUACCGCAAUGGGGACCGCUACUUCAAGGGGAUUGUGUACGCUGUGUCCUCUGACCGUUUUCGCAGCUUCGACGCCUUGCUGGCUGACCUGACUCGAUCUCUGUCUGACAACAUCAACCUGCCUCAGGGAGUGCGUUACAUUUACACCAUUGAUGGAGCCAGGAAAAUCGGAAGCAUGGAUGAACUGGAGGAAGGGGAAAGCUAUGUUUGUUCCUCAGACAACUUCUUUAAAAAGGUGGAGUACACCAAGAAUGUCAAUCCCAACUGGUCUGUCAAUGUGAAGACAUCUGCCAAUAUGAAAGCCCCCCAGUCCCUGGCUAGCAGCAACAGUGCCCAGGCCAGGGAGAACAAGGACUUUGUGCGCCCCAAGCUGGUGACCAUCAUCCGCAGUGGGGUGAAGCCUCGGAAGGCUGUGCGCGUGCUUCUGAACAAGAAGACAGCCCACUCUUUUGAGCAAGUCCUCACUGAUAUCACUGAAGCCAUCAAACUAGAGACCGGAGUUGUCAAAAAACUCUACACUCUGGAUGGAAAACAGGUAACCUGUCUCCAUGAUUUCUUUGGUGAUGACGAUGUGUUUAUUGCCUGUGGUCCUGAAAAAUUUCGCUAUGCUCAGGAUGACUUUUCUCUGGAUGAAAAUGAAUGCCGAGUCAUGAAGGGAAACCCGUCAGCCACAGCUGGCCCAAAGGCAUCCCCAACACCUCAGAAGAGUUCAGCCAAGAGCCCUGGCCCCAUGCGCCGGAGCAAGUCUCCUGCUGACUCAGGUAACGACCAAGACGCAAAUGGAACCUCAAGCAGCCAGCUCUCUACCCCCAAGUCUAAGCAGUCUCCCAUCUCUACGCCCACCAGUCCUGGCAGCCUCCGGAAGCACAAGGACCUGUACCUGCCUCUGUCCUUGGAUGACUCGGACUCACUUGGUGAUUCCAUGUGAAGGAGGAGAGAGCGUUCAGAGUCCAGAGUACAAAUCCAAGCUUACCGUUACAAUAGGGUACUUCUGCUCAAGUGUCCAACAGGGCUAUUGGUGCUUUCAAGUUUUUAUUUUUUGGUGGUGUUGUUAUUUUUAAAAACAUACUGUAAUAUGUUGGGUUUAUUUUCCUGUGAUUUCUCCUCUGGGCCACUGAUCCACAGUUACCAAUUAUAAGAGAUAGAUUGAUAACCAUCCUUUGGGGUAACUUUCCAGGGAUGCAAAAUGUGCUAGUCCAUGACGUUUCUAUUGAAUAUUUAGGCGACUGCGUUAUUUUCCCCGUCUCACUUUGCUCAUACAUGACAGUCUUCCUUCUGUAGAGGGUUGCUUACAUACACAUCACUUAAAAUGUGUGUGUGGGGGGAAAAACCUCAUUGGCAAAUCCAAGAGUGACAAACACAAGUGCCCCUUGUCUUCCGAUCUCAAGAAUGCUGGAGGCUCCUAGGAGGACGGCAAGGCAGCUUCCCAGCCUCGCUCUUCACUCCUGAUUGAGCCCCGAGUUUGUUGUCUAGCACCAAUUCUGGCUGCCAAGGGGGAGAAACACCAGCAACUUGUAAUUCUGACACCAGAUGCUUAGGACCCCAGUGUGAGGGCUAGCUAAAAGAGACUAGGCAGCAUUGGGAAACACUGUAGACAUUUCAGUAGAGUUUAUAAAGCACAGUGAAUUCCUUGUCAACCUCUCCACUGGGACACUUUGGAAUCAAUAAGCAAUUAAUAAGAGUUGGGGGUGAGGGACUUCAUAUACCGGAUUCCACUAGGAGGCUGUCUAACAUAGCAAGUUAUUACACAAACUGUAUGGUAUCCAUCUAUCUCUAUUCUAUUGAAUGCCUUGUAAACAGCCAACACUGAAAACACUGUGAAAUUUGUUUUCAGGUCUGACACCUUUUGGUCGCUUUUUAUAGCAGGAAGCCAAUAUCCUUUUUAUAAAACAUUUCUGUAUUUCAGGAGCAAACUCUUCAGGCUCCUUUUUUAUAAACUGGUGAUUUUCUUUUGUCUAAAAAACACAUGCAGAAAAUUUAUCAAAAAAAUGCAGAAGAAUAACGUAGUUUAGAAAUCAUGCUGUCACUGCCAAACAGAAACCUCCAGGAGAAAACAAAAUGAGUAGCAGAGGCCAAUUCAAUAGAAUCAGUCUUUUGAUAACUUUUUAACAGUUAUGCUUACAUUAAUAAUUUCAAUGUGGACCAGACAUUCUAAUUAUAUUUUAAAUGAAUGUUAUGGCAUAUUUUAAGCAACUCUUUUUUAUCUAUAAUCCUGGUAUUGCAUACUGAAGACACAGAAACCUUUCACUCGUCUUUAACACUAGAAAGGAUUUUCUCUUUGCUAAGGAGUGAUCAUUUGACAUAGUUCUUAGUCUUUGAGGUACAGGUUCAUAACACUGCUUUUUGUUUGUAAUCACAGCCCAUAAUGGCAAAGACAAUGAACUUUAAGUGAAAGCCAUGCAUGCCAAUUCUGUGUUUGCUUUUAGCAGAUAUGAAGAUGUCCUUAUUUCUUUGUAAUUGUUCGGAUAGUUUGAAAGGUGCAGCAUUCGAAGCCAAGCUGCUGUUUGGCUAUUGAACGACUUGCAGUUGUUCCUCCACUUUAACUGGAAUAAGCUUGCUGUGUG